GAAUUCUCUUUUAUUUGAUCACUCAUGAUUCCAUUAAAAUAGGAGCAUAUAAUUUCAUAGUCAAAAUGAAAAUGGGUGAUUUGUUGGCGAGACCGGAGAAACAGAAGUUUUCAACUGUAUUUGAAACGACUCAUUUACGUGUAGGCUGCUGUAGUAUGCAAGGAUGGAGAAAAACAAUGGAAGAUGCUCAUGUGGCGCAACUAAGUUUGAAUGGGAAAAAGACUCGUGCGUUUUUUGGAGUUUUUGAUGGGCACCAGUCUGAUGAAGCCGCUCAUUACUGCCGAGCUCAUAUGCUUGAUGAAUUAAUAAAAGCAAUUAACGAUACGAAUGGCGAAUAUAAGCAGGCAUUUGAGAAUGCGUUUCAUUCAAUAGAUGAACAAAUAUGUCGUAGGUUUUCUUCAAGCGGAACUACCGCAAACUGUGUGCUUUUGAUGGAUAAAAAAAUAAUUUGUGCAAAUGCUGGUGAUAGUCGAGCAGUAUUAUUUCGUGAUGGAAAAGCCAUUCCUCUUAGUACUGAUCAUAAGCCAACACUCGAGGAGGAAGAGGCUCGUAUUAGGCGGGCUGGGGCACAGGUUGAGAAUGGGAGGGUAAAUAUGACGUUGGCAAUAAGCCGUGCUCUUGGUGAUGUUGAUUUUAAAACAAAUAAAGCGUUCUCUUGGAAAGAACAAGCUGUUACUGCACUCCCUGAUGUGACUCAGUAUGAAGUUCAAGGCAAUGAUGAGCUGAUUAUUUUGGGUUGUGAUGGUAUUUGGGAUGUGCUUUCAAGUCAGGAUUGCUGUAUGCAAGUUCAUGAACUUCUGCAUAAGAAUGAGGUGAGAGAUUCAAAUUGCGUUGAUAUUAGUCUUGUAUGUGAGCAAAUAUUAGAUAAUUGCAUAGCUCAGUCUAACACAGCUAGAGAGGGCACUGACAACAUGACAAUUAUUAUUGUUGAAUUCAAAAAGCCUUUUCUUUUCCAAUAAUUUUUUAAACUUCCACAAUGUACUGGAUUUUCUCAUUCACUUCCCAGGGUUCCACAAACUGAUCAAGAAGUAAUUGAAUUGGCAUUUUAAAUGUUCUUAUAAUUAUUGUUAUAUAACAAAACGAUUCCUAGUUUUCGACUGCAUUUAUGAUAUAUACGCAUUCUUGUAUUCCUUAUGAAGGUUUCCUAAAAAAAAUCUUCCGAGGACAAU